UAAGGGUUCAACCUUAUGGCACAGACUUCUCAUUUAGAGUGCAAUGGGCGGAAGGAAUCAAAGAAGUACUCACAGAAAGUCUUGGUCGCAAUGACGGGGAAAUCACAGAAGAAGUCAAAAGCACAUUCGUCUGGAUUUGUGUCGGACUAUCGUCAUGCUGUUGAAACCAUGGGUGAAUCUGAGGGGUUUGGUAGCUCAGGUCGAGUAGACACAGAGAUAACGGCUUCAGUGGAUUCUUUCGUCCCGAAAAGGAAGUGUAUUAGUUUGAACGUUGAUGGGUGUGAUGGCUUUGGCGUCCCCUUACGGGUCUUGCCAUUAUCAAAGAUGUCUCAGUCUGCAAGAAAGGAUUUAGAGAUGAGGCUCCGAGGAGAACUUGAGCAGGUUAGGGUUCUUCAGAAAAGAAUUGUCUUGCGGAGUACAAAUGGUGUUGUUGCACUGUCAUCUUCCAAUGAUAUCCGUAGUUGCAGUGAUGGACAAAGAAUGCCCCCACUAGAGAAUUUUCCAAGAUCUUCUGAAUUGUCAUCUGGGCAGGGGAAGAAACGGUUUCCCCCAGGCCACAAUGGUGCCCACUUGAAAAGGGACAUUUCAGGGAAAUUUGAAUCUGUGAAGCAGGGUGCUCCUUCAAGAACCUCAAAUGUUAUGUUGAUGAAACAGUGUGAGACAUUGUUGGAACGUCUGAUGAAACACCAGUUUGGUUGGGUCUUCAACACUCCUGUGGAUGCAGAGAAGUUGAACAUUCCAGAUUAUUUCCAAGUUAUCAGGCAUCCGAUGGACUUGGGGACAAUAAAGAGAAAGAUAGCUUCAGGAGCAUACUCUAGUCCAUUGGGUUUUGUUACUGAUGUAAGGCUCACUUUCUCAAAUGCAAUGACUUACAAUCCUCCUGGAAAUGAUGUCCAUAUCAUGGCUGAUACACUGAGAAAAUAUUUUGAGAAAAGAUGGGAAUCUAUUGAGAAGAAAUUUCUGUCUGCUGAUUUACGAGCAGUGCCUGCUAAACCUAGUGCCCCUAGAGAAAUAGAAACUGCUAAGCCAAUGCAACCUUCAAAGAAAAGGAAGAUCUCUGCGAUAAACCAGAAUGUCAUGACAGAGCCUGUUAAACGGAUCAUGACAGAUGUAGAAAAACAGAACCUUAGUAGAGAAUUGGAAUCUUUGCUGGGAGAUAUGCCAGAGCACAUUGUUGAUUUCCUAAGGAGGCAUAGUUUCAAUGGAUGCCAAACUGGGGAGGAUGAGAUUGAGGUUGAUAUUGAUGCUCUCAGCGAUGAUACAUUGUUCACACUACGGAAGCUUCUUGAUGACUAUUUGCGGGACAAACAAAUAAAUCAGGCAAAAGUUGAGCCUUGUGAAAUGGAGAUUUUGAAUGACUCUGGGCUUAGCAAUUCAUCAAUGCCUUGCAAAGGCAACGAACCUGUUGAUGAGGAUGUAGAUAUUGGUGGGAAUGAUCCUCCUGUUUCUAGUUACCCUCCAGUAGAGAUAGAAAAAGAUACAGCCCUCAGAAACAGUAAAUGCAGUAGUUCAAAUAGCUCCAGUAGUGAAUCUGGCUCUUCGUCUAGUGAUUCAGAGUCCGGCAGUUCUUCUGGAAAUGAAUCUGAGGGUGCUAAAGCUUCAUCUCCAGUGAAUCCCACAAAGGAGAACUUAGGUUCUGGAGAAGAUAUAGAACAAAGGAGAAGUGACUUAAUUGAUCCAUAUGAUGGAAUUCAAUCUGUUAGUGGGGUGGAUCAACUUGAGCAAAAUCCCCAAACCAGGCCAGUUUCUGUGGAUGCAGAUGGUCAUCAAGGUGGGGAGAGUGCUCCAUCUGAGAGGCAGGUCUCCCCCGAAAAGCUCUACCGUGCAGCUUUAUUGAGGAGUCGUUUCGCUGAUACCAUCCUCAAAGCUCGAGAAAAGGCACUUGAUCAGGGUGAAAAGGGGGAUCCUGAGAAACUACGACGUGAGAGGGAAGAACUUGAGAGACAGCAGAGGGAAGAAAAAGUUCGGCUGCAAGCAGAAGCCAAAGCUGCAGAAGAUGCUCGAAGACAAGCCGAAGCAGAGGCUGCAGCUGAAGCCAAGCGGCAGAGGGAGCUUGAGAGAGAAGCGGCACGUCAAGCUUUGCAGAAGAUGGAAAAGACUGUUGAAAUUAAUGAGAAUUGUCAGUUUCUGGAGGACUUAGAAAUGCUUAGGGGUGCCCCUACCAAGCAUUUACCAAGCUCUAUAGAUGAAACAAGCCCAGAUCACUCUCAAGAUGGCAUAGGCUGUUUCACACUGCAGGGAAAUAGUAACCCUUUGGAGCAACUAGGAUUAUACAUGAAAGUGGAUGAUGAUGAUGAGGAGGAAGGUGAGCCACAGAGUGUCCCUGACCCAGUGAAGGAUGUUGAGGAAGGAGAAAUCGACUGAUCAGGUUCGGUUCUUCUGCCUUUAUGUCAUGCACUGGCGGGGGGUUUGAUUCAGAAAAUUUUGCCUGGAAGUCCGUCCUCCAGGUACUUGUUAGGCGCUUUCUGGAACGGGUGACAAGAAUAAGCGGUCCUAUUUCUGUGAGCCACUGGAACUGAUUACAUUUUGAUCUGGCAGAAGCGUGACUAUUGCUCUGGGAUUGAGAUGAAUUUGUGGUUGAAGACAGUUUUGCCGUUGAAGCAGAUCUUACCAUAAUU